AUGGGAUUUGCUGACGAUGGUGAGGACUACAGGAAGAAGAGAGAGGUAGACGGCGAGGAUUAUUUACACAAUAGUGAGGACUUCCUCACAGACGGUGAAAACUACAGAAAGAAACGCGAAGCUGGCGACGAAGAAUACUUGAACGAUGAUGAUUCAGAAUAUAGGAAAAAACGUGCGACUGAUGAGGAUGAUUAUCUUGUUCAAGAUGACGAAGAUUAUAGGAGGAAGAGGGAUAUCAACGGCGAAGAUGACAUCAGUGAUGCUGAAGAAGAUUACAGAAAGAAGAGGGCGACUGGCGGAGAAGACUAUAUUAACGAAGAUGACAAUGAAUACAGAAAGAAGCGCGAGACCGGAAGUGACGAGUACGUGAAUGAUGACGUAUAUAACAGGGAAAAACGUGAAAUCGAGGGCGACGAUUAUGUAAGUAAUGAUGAGAAUUAUCGAAAGAAGAGGGCUGUUAAUGACGAGGAUUACGUCACUGUAGGAGGUUAUGGCAGGCAGAAGAGAGAAUCCAGAUGCGCCGUAGCGAGGACACUGCUAUCCAAAAUUCUCAGAGGGUGUCUAUGA